UGUUUAGUUGCAAAGAGAAGGCAAAGGUAGUGAGCCACUGCCUAGUUUCUCCAAGCAAUCUGUCCCAAUUGGCAUAAAUGGGUUCCACUAACCUAGGAUUAAUGGAUGACCCUGUGAUAGGUUAGCGUAUGACCGGAAACAAAACAACCCCACACUUGAAAGUUGAAACCAACCACUCAACAACUAUCACAAUCUCAAAGCUCUCUCCUUGGCCAAAAGGCUUUCUUUUUUUUCUCAGAUGGCAGAUGAGCCUUUUCUCUCUCCUCAAACAAAACCCCAACUUCGACCCAUCCUCGAAGACGACUAUCAUGGCUUCUAUUUCACAGCACCACAAUCAAUCUCAACACCAGCCGUCUUCCCAUCUGAAAUUCAAGACCACCAACAAAGUCAACCCCCUUCCCGUCUCGAAUAUCCUAUUAACCGGUUAAAGAAGCCCGGAUCUCUUCACCGAUGUAAAACAGCUCCAGCCAUGGCUGUCAUGCGUGACCUGAAGCCUAAAACACCUCAAGCGCCUAAGCCUCAAUCUGAGUCCAGCAUCAUUAUCAGGCAAGCUGUUUUCUUGCUAUCCAUUUACUUAUUACUUGGUGUUGCUAUUUAUUCCUUUAACAGAGAUGAAUUCUCGGGUAUUGAGACUCACCCAGUUGUUGAUGCUCUUUACUUCUGUAUAGUCACCAUGUGUACCAUUGGUUAUGGUGAUAUAGCUCCUUUGACCCCAGCUACCAAGAUUUUUGCUUGUGUUUUUGUAUUGGUAGGUUUUGGUUUUAUAGAUAUAUUGUUGAGUGGGGUUGUCAAUUAUGUUCUUGAUUUGCAAGAGAACAUGAUUUUAACUGGGAUUCAGAUGGAGAAAACACAAGAAGGGUUUUCAGCUAAGAAUUACAUUGUUGAUGUGGAUAAAGGAAGGAUGAGGAUAAGACUUAAAGUUGGUCUGGCACUUGGGGUUGUCGUGUUGUGUAUUGGAAUUGGAACUUUGAUGUUGUACUUUGUGGAGAACUUGGACUGGAUUGAUUCUGUUUACUUGUCUGUUAUGUCAGUUACUACAGUUGGGUAUGGGGAUAGGGCGUUUAAAACUUUGCCUGGAAGGUUGUUUGCUGGUGUUUGGCUUCUGAUAUCGACGCUGGCUGUGGCUAGAGCAUUUUUGUAUUUGGCAGAAGCAAGGGUUGACAAGAGGCAUAGGAGGAUUGCCAAGUGGGUGUUGCAUAGGGAUAUCACCAUUGAGGAUUUGCUAGCUGCUGACAUCAAUAACAAUGGUUUUAUCAGCAAAUCAGAGUAUGUCAUCUACAAGCUCAAAGAGAUGGGAAAGAUUGGGGAGAAAGAUAUAUUGCAGAUCUGCGAUCAGUUCAGCAAACUUGACCUAAACAACUCAGGAAAAAUAACCCUUCCCGAUCUCUUAGAAAACCGCAUCUGAUAUUGAGCAGACAAGGUUAAUUAUAUUCUUUUGGCUAGAGAUUGUAGAGUCAUCUUUUCAUUCUUGGAAAUGGGCUUUGCAUGGAAAAUUGUAUAUUCAUUCAUGUUAGAAAAUUUCAAUUAUAUACUUUCUCAAGCUGCCGUGAUGUCAAAAGCAAAUGGAAUUAGCAAAGAGAGAAAGGGUAACGAGAUGUUUCUGAUCUCAUUAAUAUUUGAACUAUAAAUCUUUGCUGUCAAUGUAUUCAUUAUCCAAGACUACAAAAUACAAUGAAAAAUAAAUAUAUUCCUAAAUGAUGUUUCCCUUUUACCUUGCUUUCUUCAUUUAGCUGCAGAUAAAUUAACAAUUUUUGUGGAAAAAUUAUGCAUUAAGGCUUUAAAAGUG